AUGGAACCUGAUCUAAUGAUGGUACUUCGCUCGGUACAGGUAACAACGGAUGCAGGAAAACUGGAAAAUGUGAAAAGAAAAGCCACAAGAUUAGGAAUACGUGAAGCAAGAUGGAAAAAAGCAGGAAAAUUUCAAACAGAUAGUUUCACAUUUAUAUACUCAGUUGGAGAAAAACAUGAAAAUGAUACUGCAAUUCUUCUAGACAAAGAAACAUCAAAGAGCCUCUUAGGAGUUCUGCUGGUAAAAUUGAAAGGAAAGAAUACCAACCUCUCUAUUGUGCAAGGUUAUGCCCCAACAUCUCAAAGUACCGAGGAAGAAACUGGCCAGUUCUAUGAAGAAAUAGACAGGGCAAAAGAUCAAUGUGGUUCACAGGACAUGGUUAUAGUUAUGGGAGAUUUUAAUGCAAAAGUUAGUAAACAAAGAGGUUUUGCCGUUGGCGAAUAUGGUCUAGCGUUACGAAAUGAAAGAGGUAACAAACUGGUGGACUGGUGUAUAGCAAAUGAGCAGGUUAUAACAAACACCUGGUUUUAUCAUCAUCCAAGACGAAGAUGGACAUGGAAAAGCCCCGGAGAUAACACCAGAAACCAAAUUGAUUACAGAACAAUUUCCAAGAGAUACAGAAAUGCAGUUAGAGCUAUCCAGGCACUGAUUGUGAGAAAAGGAAAGGUGGUUAUAAAAUAUGUGCUUAGAGAUAUAGAUAUAGAACCAAAAGUCAUAUACAAGAAUAUCAAAAACCUCACAGUAGGGAAAGCCCAACCAUCUGCAGGUUGUAUAAAAUCUAAAGAACGGUGUAUUUUAAUGGAAAAGGAAGCAAUCUUAACACGCUGGUCAGAAUACAUCAAGGACCUAUUUAAUGACAACAGAGGACAGAAACCUGAGAUACACAAGAACAUGGAAGGCCUAAAAAUACUGCAAUCCAAAAUAAGAUCUGCAGUGAAGAAAAUGAAAAAGAACAAAGCCCCAGGCCCAGAUGAGAUUGUAAUUGAAAUGAUAGAUGCUCUGGAAGACUUCGGUAUCCAGCGUCUAACUACAAUUACAAACAUCAUUUAUGAUACUGGGGAAAUCCCUGAUAUUCUUUUGAAAUCAAUUUUUAUAGCACUUCCUAAAAAAACAGGUGCCACUGAAUGUGAGCUUCAUCGUACCAUAAGCCUGAUGAGCCACAUCAUGAAAAUAAUAUUGAAGGUUCUAAUGCAAAGAGCGAGACGAUGCAUAAAACCCGAAAUAAGCACUGGGCAGUUUGGUUUUGAAGAAGAUUCUGGUACAAGAAAUGCGGUUUUCAUCUUGAGAAUGUUAAGUGAACGUGCAAUAGAGAUGCAUAGGAAGCUCUUUGUGUGCACGAAGACCUUAUGGACAUGUUUCAACGACUGGAUAUGGAUGGAAAAGAUUUGA